AUGUCUCCACGUCUCCAGGUCUCCAGUUCUCCACGUCUCCAGUUCACCACGUCUCCAGUUCUCCACGUCUCCAGUUCACCACGUCUCCAGUUCUCCAGUUCUCCAGGUCUCCAGUUCUCCAGGUCUCCAGUUCUCCACGUCUCCAGUUCAUCACGUCUCCAGUUCACCACGUCUCCAGUUCACCAGUUCUCCAGUUCACCACGUCUCCAGUUCACCACGUCUCCAGUUCUCCAGUUCACCAUGUCUCCACGUCUCCAGGUCUCCAGUUCUCCACGUCUCCAGUUCACCACGUCUCCAGUUCUCCACGUCUCCAGUUCACCACGUCUCCAGUUCUCCAGUUCUCCAGGUCUCCAGUUCUCCAGGUCUCCAGUUCUCCACGUCUCCAGUUCAUCACGUCUCCAGUUCACCACGUCUCCAGUUCACCAGUUCUCCAGUUCACCACGUCUCCAGUUCACCACGUCUCCAGUUCUCCAGUUCACCAUGUCUCCACGUCUCCAGGUCUCCAGUUCUCCACGUCUCCAGUUCACCACGUCUCCAGUUCUCCACGUCUCCAGUUCACCACGUCUCCAGUUCUCCAGUUCUCCAGGUCUCCAGUUCUCCAGGUCUCCAGUUCUCCACGUCUCCAGUUCAUCACGUCUCCAGUUCACCACGUCUCCAGUUCACCACGUCUCCAGUUCACCACGUCUCCAGUUCUCCAGUUCACCACGUCUCCAGUUCACCACGUCUCCAGUUCUCCAGUUGACCACGUCUCCAGUUCACCACGUCUCCAGUUCUCCAGUUCACCACGUCUCCAGUUUCCACGUCUCCAGUUCACCACGUCUCCAGUUCACCACGUCUCUAGUUCACCACGCCUCCAGUUCUCCAGUUCACCACGUCUCCAGUUCUCCACGUCUCCAGUUCACCACGUCUCCAGUUCUCCACGUCUCCAGUUCACCACGUCUCCAGUUCACCACGUCUCCAGUUCACCACGUCUCCAGUCCUCCAGUUCACCACGUCUCCAGUUCACCACGACUCUAG